GUAGCAGGCACGACACGAGGCCAAACUUCCGCAUCUACAAACCACCACCACUGCCACCACCACUACUCUCUCGGGCACAUAUCCAGCGCCGACUGCCUACCGCGACCGAGUCGCAUUUGCUUUUAUAUCUUCCAAAGUCCAUUCAGGGUUGUCGCAAAGAUGGAUUUCAAAAACUUCGGAAAGAACAUUACCUCCUUCGGGGCCUCCAUUACCCCCUUCGCCUCCCGUACCUUUCAGUACACCAAGGAACAGCUUGGCCAAGCUGAGGACAAGACCCAACUCCCUCCUGACUACAUCGACCUCGAGAAGAGAGUCGACGCUCUCAAGCAGGUCCAUCAAAAGAUGCUGGCUGUGACUUCUCAAUACUCGAACGAGGCCUAUGACUACCCUCCCAACAUCAAGGAGACCUUCCAGGAUCUCGGCCGCACCGUUAGCGAGAAGGUCACUCUCCUCUCUUCCGCCGCCUCUCCUGCCGAGGCUCAAGCCGCCCUCACGGCCCCUCCUACUGCGAAACCUCAGCCAAAGACAUUUAACCAUGCCAUUGCCAGAGCCAGUCUGUCAAGCAGCCAGGUCCUGCACCAACAACACACCGGCGCAGGGGAGGACCCCUUGGCUACGGCACUCGAGAAGUAUGCCUUGGCUAUGGAGCGCGUUGGCGAGGCCCGGAUGGCCCAGGACGCUCAAAUCCAGAGUCGCUUUCUUGCCGGCUGGAACACGACCCUGAACACCAACCUCAAGUUCGCGACUCGUGCCCGCCAGAACGUCGAGAAGUCACGCUUGACGCUCGAUGCCGCAAAGGCUCGCGCCCACGGUACUACCUGGAAGAUCGGUCCCGGCUCCCCUCGUCCGGAGGAGCCCCAGCCUCAGGAGUUGAGCCCCGAGGCUCAGGAGGAAAUCGAGAAGGCCGAGGACGAGUUCGUCACGCAGACCGAGGAGGCUGUUGGUGUUAUGAAGAACGUUCUCGAUACCCCCGAGCCUCUCCGCAACCUUGCCGACCUGAUUGCUGCCCAGAUCGAGUACCACAAGCGGGCCUACGAGAUCCUGAGUGAACUCGCUCCCGUCGUGGAUGGCCUGCAGGUUGAGCAGGAGGCCAGCUACCGCAAGAGCCGUGAGAACGCCUCUUAGAAACCUGUAUGAGUGCCGUUUUCUUCAAAAUCACUCUUGCAGUGCUGGCAGCUUCACGAUACCUAGAUCGGAUCAACGUCUCGAAGCGUCGAGCUGAGGCGAUUGGAGCACUCCAAAGGUCGGAGGGAAGCUCCUUUGCUUGAGUGGCCGCCAAUUUGGCGGUGUCGUCUCUGUUAUACACCAUCUCUUUUCUCUUGGACGGUCAUUCGUCGUGUUACGUAGCUUUUGUGUGGCUGCCAGGAUUACUUCACUUAUCCGACGCCUGAAGACCAGCGACGGGGGCGCCUCGAUUACGUCCAUUUACGAUGUUUUCCAUGACCUACAAAUAUCGAGCUGUUGUCGUGUGUUGGAGGUCAUGAUAGGUGUUGCUCUCAGUGAUUUAAGUAUU